GGGCGCGGCGGCCGGUGCUCUGGGCGCGCUCCCGCUGCGCGCUCCCCGGGACGCGCCGCGAUGAAGGCGGGCGUGAUUCACUGCAGAUGUUCCAGGUGUUUUUCUUUCCCUUCCAAGCGGAGGAUAAGAAAACGGCCCCGAGUCCUGACGCUGUUGAGUCUGCCCGAGGACGUUCUGUUCCAUGUUCUGAGGGGCCUUCCUGCUGAGGACAUCCUGUCAGUCAGAGCUGUGCACUCACACCUUAAAUACCUUGUGGAUAAUCAUGCUAGUGUUUGGGCAUGUGCAAGUUUCCAAGAAAUAUGGCCUUCUCCAAGCAAUCUGAAGAUGUUUGAAAGGGCUGCUGAGAGAGGUAACUUUGAAGCUGCUGUGAAGCUGGGGAUAGCAUACCUGUACAAUGAAGGCUUGUCCAUCUCAGAUGAGGGUCGUGCAGAAGUGAAUGGCCUAAAGGCAUCACAUUUCUUCAGCCUGGCAGAGCGUCUGAACGUGUGUGCUGCCCCCUUUAUCUGGCUCUUCAUCCGCCCUCCCUGGUCCCUGAGUGGAAGCUGUUGCAAAGCUGUGGUCUAUGAGAGUCUCAAAGCAGAGUGUCAGCUGGAGAAAGCUCAAAAAGGAUCUAUUCUCCACUGCUUGGCUAAGGUCUUGAGUCUCUUUGAGGAUGAAGAAAGAAGAAAAGAAUCCCUUGAAAUGUUUGAAGAAUCUUCAAAGCAGGGUUGUUUAAACAGCUCCUACCUCCUGUGGGAAAGUAACAGAAAAGCUGCUAUGUCAGAUCCUGGCAGAUACCUCCAAAGUCUCAGGAAGCUACGGGACUAUGCAGCAAAGGGCUGCUGGGAAGCACAGAUAGCACUAGCCAAAGCUUGUGGGAAUGGAAACCAACUAGGAUUAGAAGCAAAAUCUUCCAGUGAAAUGGUGUCUCAAAUCUUUCAAGCUUCCCUUCCUAUCAGCAAGAAAAGUAUCUUCACUGUACAGAAAGGAAUGAAUGAAACAAUGAGGUACAUCCUGAUUGACUGGCUGGUAGAAGUAGCUACCAUGAAAGACUUCUCCAGCCUGUGCCUUCACAUGACAGUGGGGUGUGUGGAUCGGUACCUGAAGCUGAGGCCGGUGCCCCGGGCUCGACUCCAGCUGUUGGGAAUAGCCUGCAUGGUCAUCUGCACCCGUUUCAUCAGCAAGGAGAUUUUGACCAUAAGGGAAGCUGUGUGGCUAACAGACAACACCUACAAAUAUGAAGAUUUGGUCAGAAUGAUGGGUGAGAUCAUUUCUGCCCUAGAAGGAAAGAUAAGGAUACCUACCAUUGUGGACUACAAAGAAGUGCUGUCAAAUGUGGUCUUGCUGGAGAGAAGGACCCUUCACCUUUACAGCUUCAUCUGUGAACUGUCCCUCUUAAACACCAGCCUCUGUGUGUACUCCCCAGCUCAGCUGGCUGCUGCAGCACUGCUGCUGGCAAGGAUACUGCACAGGCAAGCACACCCCUGGACCAGCCAGCUGUCUGAGUGUACUGGUUUCUCCCUUGAAGACCUGUUGCCCUGUGUGCUGAGCCUCCACCAGAAGUGUUUCCAUGAUGAUGUCCCAAAGGAUUAUAGGCAGGUGUCCUUAACUGCAGUGAAACAACGAUUUGAAGACGAGCGUUAUGAAGAAAUAGGCAAAGAAAAGAUGAUGAGUUACAGCCAGCUCUGCUCAUUGUUGGGUGUGAAACAGGAGGACCCAGAGCCCAGUCCCUUGCACACGAACGUGGUGGAAAUUCAGACUUUCCUUAGCUCUCCCUCUGGAAAGAGAACGAAAAGGAGGAGGGAAGACAGCAUUCAGGAUGACAGAGGCAGCUUUGUGACUACACCCACAGCAGAGCUAUCCAACCAGGAAGAAAGUCUUCUAGACAACUUCCUAGACUGGAGUUUAGCUUCCUGCUCGGGUUAUGAAGGUGAUCAGGAAAGUGAAGGCGAGAGAGAUGGAGAUGUGACUGGUCCCAGUGGGAUCUUGGAUGUGACAGUGGUCUAUGUGGACCCUGCUGACCACUGCUGUCAGGACUCCAGUGAUGAGGACAACCUGGCUGCAGAGUGGGCUGGGCAGGAGCCCACAGUGCUGGACAACACCCACAGCCCUUCAGCCUGUCUGCCCCCAAGGAAUCCUAAGCUGGAAAGGAGCUCAGGCUACUCUUCUGUCAACAGUGCCAGCCCUACAUCUUCUGUGGAAGGCAGCCUUGGAGAACCUCUCAAACCUACCUCAGCGCCGUCUCGCAGCCCCGCGGGGCCGUGCCCACCUCCCUGCCUGGAGUGGUGUUUACAGUCAGGCUGUGCCAGGCCUGGGGAGGGCAGGUGUGACAGGAGGCAAGUCAAGAGGAAAAAUGUGGCAGAACACAGUGAAGAAAGGGUGAACUUGGGCUUCUUAAGCCUCUGAUUUCUUCCUGCUCUUUACUUUCCUAGGGUUCCUGGAAGCAGUCCCUGUUGUAGUCAUACAGGGAUGAUAGUGAAUGAUUGUGGAUACCUCCAAAAUGAGCCCUUCCCCUCAACUUGGCCUGUGCCUGUCUUGUAAUUCUGUAGCUCAUUUCUGGGCCAUUACCUUCCUUGUUAGCUGCCUUUUUAAACUACUCCCUAUUGUCUGACGCUCUGCAAAGUCUAUGUGAAACUUUGUAUCUCAUUUUCCUCCUAUCUCACCAGCUCGUCCUUGGUGAUAGAGAAGAACUUGUCACAUCCCUUGCUUUGCUGUGAGGCCUGGCACUGUAAAAGAAAGAAACUGACUUUUGUUCUCAAGUUACUGGAUGUAACACUAUGCUUGAAUUCGUCCACUUGAAAGACCUUGUUGAGGUUGUGCUGCCUCUUCCCUCUGGCCAGGCACUGUCUCGCUCAGCUGGUGCUUCCCUCUUCAUGUAUAUACCAAUUGCUGCACUGAUACAAGGUUUUUAUGGAUACAAGGAAGAGGUAAAUGAAGGCUCACUGCAGGUCUGAGCUUCUUUUUUUACCUACCUCUCAGAUGGUUUUAAACCCCACUUGCCUCAGGCUCUAGCUGCCAUGUCUCCCUUGCCUGAUAAGCCCUUCUGUGCCUUAAUGCUCCUCUGCCUGUCCUACAGUGAUGUGAUCUCUGUGAACUGUUGACUCUGCUGAACGGGGUGGCUGAACUGCCACCGGCUCCAUGUCACGCCCUAUCUCACACAGUCUCUCUUCCUUGCUCUUUCCAUUAAUGUGUCCUUGAGUAAAGCACAAGUCACUUGAACACUAGCCCCAGGCAGUCUGUCGUACUGAAAGCCUCAUUUCAGCCUUGUCUCCUGCUCUGGAAGGGCAGCAAAUACUUUUCUUAUAAAAAAAAUGAAACCUGUGCUGCUUCAGUGACAAUUUGAAGAAACCACCUCCCUGACCUCAGCCUUCCAAGCCUGGGCUAAAGCUCCUUCAGCCUGUGAACGGUGGGGAAACCAGCCCCAGGUGCUUGAGCAUUGAAAUACCAAGGUACAAGACUUCCAGGAGACAUCACUGCAUUUAACACUGGAACUGGACUCCAUGACUCUUCUCUCCAAGUUACUGUGGCAGAUGGCAACAGUUCAGAUACACACAGUGUAGUGACUCUUUUUUUUAUAAAAACUUUUUUAUAAUA